AUGGUGGAGGUGGUGGCGGCCGACGGUAGUAUUGGCAAAGGACGGUGGUGGUCGGUGGUUGACGAUGGUUACGGAGGUAGAGGAAAUUGUGAGGUGACAAUGGACAGUGUUGGUCAGUGGUCGACAAUGGUUGUAGAGGUGACAAUGGACAGUGGUGGUCAGUGGUCGACGAUGGUUGUGGAGGCCAUGGAGGAAGUUGUUGCGUACGGUGGCGGAACUUUAGGGCACCCUUGGGGAAAUGCACCCAUUGUUGUAGCUAAUCGAGUAGCUCUAGAAGCAUGUGUASAAGCUCGUAAUGAGGGACGCGAUCUUGCUAUUGAGGGUAAUGAAAUUAUCCGUGAGGCUAUCAAAUGGAGUCCUGAACUAGCUGCUGCUUGUGAGGUAUGGAAGGAGAUCAAAUUUGAGUUUGUAUGA